AUGGUCGUCGAAGCUCCUGAUUACAUCUCGAAUCUGCCGAAUGAGUGCUUUUCUGUUGUUUUCCAAUCUUUGAGCUACGCUGACAGGAAGAGGUACUCACUGGUCUGCCACCGGUGGCGCAUGAUCGAAGGCCAGAGCCCCAUUGCCUCUCGCUCAACUUGCUGGCCAAUCUCCUUCAGCUGGUGCCGACGUUGUUCACUCGCUUCGAUUCUGUCACCAAACUCAUCCUAA